AGUUCAGAAUAAUCUCUUUCUCGCCGCUUUCCUCUCCGCCCCUCUCCCGAUAUAAAUGUCACAAGCCAUUAACGCCCCUCCCGUCAUAAACCCUAGAAACGAUCCUCUUAAUUAAUUUGUUUUAUUCGAUUCGAUUUUUUCGAUGGAUGCAUUAUCGGCCUCGCCGCGGACUCUGGAGGUAACGGUGAUAUCCGGGGAAGAUCUGCGCCCGUUUCCGGUGAAGAACGCUUUUGUAACGGUGCGAUCUGACGCCGGCGACGCUCAAAUCGCCACGGGGACGGAGAAACAACGCCGAUCAGACUACGUUGAGUGGGGCGAGAAGAUGACGGUGAAGUUGCCGAUCCGCGCGCGUCAUCUGAUGGUGGAAGUUCACUGCCGGACUUUUACCGGCAUCAGGUCGAUCGGCGUGGCGAAGAUCCCGACAUCGGAUUUCUUGGGAGGACUGGUGCCGGAAAAUUACAUGAAUUUUUUGAGUUACAGGCUGAGGGAUAAAGGUGGCAUCAGGAAUGGGAUUAUUAAUCUUUCGAUUCGAGUGGAGGCGGAAGACAAUCUGGAAAGAGAGUACUGCCGACCGUGCACGGCGGCCGCUGCCCCCGGGGUUGUGACUGGUGUCCCUGUAUGUUGGCCUAGUCAAUUCUGAUUGUACAAUUGGGCAUAUGUUAGGAACGAAUUUAUACUCCGUAUUAAUUUUUUAUUUGAUGGUAUUUAAAGAAAAAAAAUUCAAGUAGAUAAAAGAUUUGUUUUUGCAUCUCAUUACUUUGAGAAAUCAAGGGAUUUAACAUUA